CCUCCCUCACCCGUGUCUUGGGAUAAAGAAUUAACAGCAAAACACAGAUGAAGUGACGGACUCGAUUCUCCACUUGGGGGAGAUUUCAAUCGCCACCUUGUUACCGCCAACUACUCUCUCUCUUCUCUCUCUCAAAAGUUCCAACUUGGAACAAUUCCAAGCUUCGAGGCCAACGAAACGAGGAGAAGAGAUUUGCGGAAGUGUUACAGAGAAGGAAGGAACGAUUGAUUAUGCGAUCGUUGUGUUGGUGGACAGCCUGCGAUGUUGCAGCAGCAGAAGAAGCUCGUUAAUGGCCUUGCAAAUGACUUGGCAAUCGAAUCCCCAUCACAGGAGAAAGAAUGGUCCUCCACUAGGGUUAAAGAAUCUUGGAAAUACUUGUUACCUCAAUAGCGUCCUCCAGUGCUUGACCUACACCCCUCCCCUCGCCAAUUUCUGUCUCAAGAAUCAACACUCCUCUCUCUGUGAUUCGACCUCGGAGGCGGACCGGAAGCGAGAUUGUCCCUUCUGCAUAUUAGAGAAGAGGAUAGUACGGUCGCUAAGCAUCGACCUUCCUCUUGAUGCUCCUAGCAAGAUCCAAAGUUGUCUUAGGAUUUUUGCCGAGCACUUUCGGUUGGGGAGGCAAGAGGACGCACAUGAGUUCCUUCGCUAUGUUAUUGAUGCCUGUCACAACACCUGUCUUCGUCUUAAGAAGCUUCAACAGCAGCAAUGUCGAAAGGGGAACGAGUCUUGCAAUGGUGCUAGUAAUGGUGGUGGUGUCAGCGGCUGUGGUGGCGACACCAUUGUUAAGGAGAUCUUUGGUGGUGCCUUGCAGAGUCAGGUGAAGUGUCUCUCAUGUGGGACGGAGUCUAAUAAGACUGAUGAGAUCAUGGAUAUCAGUUUGGACUUGCUCCAAAGUAAUUCCCUCAAGGAUGCUAUGCAACGGUUCUUCCAGCCGGAGGUCUUGGAUGGUAGCAAUAAAUAUAAAUGUGAGAAAUGCAAAAAAUUGGUGACAGCCAGAAAGCAGAUGUCUAUUCUCAAAGCGCCUAACGUCCUUGUAAUCCAACUCAAGAGAUUUGAGGGUAUACUUGGUGGAAAGAUUGAUCGUUCCAUUUCCUUCGAGGAAGAUUUGGUGCUCUCAAGCUACAUGCGUAAAGCAAGUCAGGAUCCAUGUCCAGAGUAUAACCUUUUUGGAACCAUUGUGCAUUCGGGUUACUCACCAGAGUCUGGUCACUACUAUGCAUACAUCAAGGAUGCAAUUGGCAGGUGGUAUUGCUGUAAUGAUUCUCAUGUUUCACUUUCAACUCUGCAGGAGGUUUUGUCAGAGAAAGUUUAUAUUCUUUUCUUCUCACGUACUAACCAGAGACCCAAGCCAAUCAAGUCUGCUUUUGCAUCCAAUGGAAUGAAGUCUCCUAAUUGCAAUGGCAAUGGUGCAACAGGAAGCCCAAAGGCCGCUUUCCCAUUGAAGACAUUUCCCACAAAACCAAAAAGCAUUAAUUCCCCGGACAACAAUAUAUCAACAACGUCUAAGAUUGAUAAAGUGCCUUCAAGCCCACGGAUUAAGUUUGGUAUCUUGAGAAAUCCUGAUAUGAAAAGAAUUGAUGCAAAUGGUGGACCUGUAGAAAAUCAUGUGAAACCCAAAGCAUCUUUAGUUGUGAAUGGAAGUAAGAAUGAGGUACCAUCUACAAUUGACAGGAAUGGCGCUAAUGAGAACAAAUGUCCUGAUAGUGAAGGGAAACACAUUUUAUCUUUACCUCAUCAAAAUGGUGUAAUCCAGAGUAAUGGUAGUUCAGUGAAAACAGUAGUAUGUGAGAAUAAUGAUGCAGGAAACCUAGGAACAUUGGGAGUGGUGCCUCAUUUUGACCGUGCAGUUUGCAAUGACACCCGUCAACUCUCAGGCUUCAAGAGAAAAUCAGCGGAGGAGACUUGCAAUUUGCUUGCACGAGAUGCUUCUUCUCAGACAAAGUUGGAGAAAUUGAAAGAAGUGCUUGCUAAGGACACUUCUUCAAGUUUGCGUUCAUGUGGUUGGCAUGAUAUGGUUUACCAUUUUAUGCUAGAGAGAAAGAGAUUAUGUGUCCGAGAAGCAGGUAGAUGUACCAGUAGCACUGAGAUAAAGAAGAUGUUGAUUGUAGAUGCCAAAGCAAAGUUUCUCUCGCAAAUUCCUGAGCCAUUGAAGGAGCAUCUGGUUGAACGCCUUAGAUCAUUUAGCAAGGAAAAAUAGUUUCUGGAUGCUUACUUACUGAAACCGUCUCGUGUUGUCUGUCACUAUUGAGGCCUGGUGUAUAUUCUGUAUCACUGAUGCAUGAAAGCAUCUCAAUGAUCGUGCUAUCUGGUACCAAGAAAUGUAAGUAUCAAAUAAUGAUACUUACAUUUGCACUGAUCAUUGGAGAUGGGUGGAAAUUUUUGUAUCAUCAUUUGAUUUUGUCUUUGGUAAUUUUAAUACAUUCCUAGGCGCAUAUGUGAAAUUUGGGUCCAAGUGGAGAAUCUGAUAUGGAUCCUCAGCAAAAAAUUUCAUCAUCUUUGAGGCUGUGCAGUUUUGAUCUGGCAGAGAAUGAGUGCAGAAUUAUAUUCAUUUUGUACAAUAACUUUUUUGACAAUGUUGUUAACCCAUCCUCUUAUGAAUUCUUAAAAUUUUCCCUUCAAAAUAUGGUCGGAUAUAGCAUCCCGAAAAUAUAUUCAAUUGUUGAGAUAUCAGUG